GUGUCAGCUACCGUCCCUACUGCUGAUGUGUAGCCAUCUGACAUUGUGCUCACCAGAUCAGUACAUGCCGUCCAUAGGACUGACUGACAGUCGAAUUGGUCGGGAAGUCUAUUGUGGGCAGCCAUAAUGCGCCCAAAUAUUCCUCUUGUGUCGCUGACAGGGGUAGGUAACGGCCGAAAUCGGCGUACGCUUAGCUUGGGAAGGCGCACCGGCAUCCACAUCUUGGUUUGUGACACCACCAGAUGCAGGAGACCCCCGAUGCGCCUUCCCAGAGAAUGCUAUCAGAUGCAAAAAACGAUUGAAACGCAUUUACCUCACCUCUCCCAGGCACAAAUGACCGGCCUGGCGCUGUGGGUCUGCGGGGCCAUCCUCGCCGGCAGCGCCUGCCAGAACGCCGUGGCCUCGGCCCUCUCCCCUUGGCGCAAGUGGAACAACCUGCGCCAGUAUCUCCGGGAGUGGCUCUACGACGGCAGCGACCGGACCAGUCCCUGCCAGACCCAACUGGACGUAACUCUCUGCUUCGCGCCCCUGCUCCGGUGGGUCCUGGCCUGGUGGUAUUCCGAACGUCUCGCCCUGGCCAUCGACCCCACGCUCAAGGGCGACCAGACCACCGCCAUCGUCAUCAGCGUGCUCUACCGCAGUUGCGCCAUCCCCGUGGCCUGGCACAUCCGGCACGCCGACCAGCCCGGCUCCUGGAUGGACCCCACCGUGGAACUGCUGCAAGCCUUGGCCCCAGCGGUUCCCGAGAAUAUGACCGUCAUCGUGCUCUGCGACCGGGGCAUCGCCAGUCCCAAGCUGUGGCAGCAAAUACGGGAUCAAGGCUGGCACCCCGGUAUGCGCUACCGGAAGAACAUCACUUUCGGCGCUGACGGCGGCAAACGAUUGCCCGCCCAGCGCUUCGUCUCCCGUCCCGAUACGGCGUGGAUUGGCCGCGGCACCGCCUUCAACACCCCCAAGGCCCAACGCCGCUGCACCCUGCUGGUGGUCUGGUACUCCGAACAGGAGGAGCCCUGGAUCAUCCUCACCGACCUUGCGCCCGACCAGGUGGGUCCCAGUUGGUACGCCCUGCGCUUCUGGAUCGAGCUGGGCUUCAAGGCCAUCAAGAGCCUGGGCUGGAAAUGGGACAAGACCCGCCGCACCGACCCCACCCGCGUCUCCCGCCACUGGCUGGUGCUGUCGGUGGCCACCCUGCUGGCCCUGGCCUACGGCACCAGGGUGGAAGACGCCCAGGAGCGGAGGAUUGCUCCAGGGAACCUGCGGGCGCCGCCCAAAGCGCUGGCUCCCAAUCACCGUGACCCUUGGAGCCGUCCGGCGCGCACCGUGAGCGUAAUCCGCCACGGAAUCGACUGGCUCCGGCGGUUGCUGAUCAAGGGCCGCCUCUGGAGCCGCGUCUGGCUGCUGCCCGAACCCUGGCCGGAACCCAAGCUUAACCUGGAGAUUACUCGUCAUGUC